AGAGUAUGCUGAAACUAGUUUCUGAAAUGUUGUGCGCUCGAGGAGGUCAGAAGAUGAGGCCUUUUCUAUGUGCGCAAAUUAGUGGCUUUCAUACUACAAAGCCUGGUUUAGCACCUAGAAGCUUUUUCGGGGUGGAAGAUUUUGUUGAUGAUGACAAUAGCCGUCCAUACACUUACCAGAAGGGGAAAAAAUCUAAGAACCCAAACAAGCAUGUUUCUUUCAAGCAACGGACUGUAGCAUACAUGGAACCGUUCACACUUGAUGUUUUCAUAUCAAAGCGCUUUGUUUCAGCCUCAAUCACCCAUAGAGUUACAUGCAAACAGGUUGCAGUAGCCGGUACAAACUCCAAAGAUAUCAAGGCAGUGCUCAAAUCACGAAGUGAUAUUCCUGCAUGCUUGUCUGUCGGUCAGAUUUUGUCCGACAGGGCAAGAGAAGCUGAUGUAUACACUGCUUCUUAUACACCUAGAGAUAGGGACAAAUUCGAAGGGAAAAUUAGAGCGGUUGUUCAGUCCCUCAUUGAUAAUGGUAUCGACAUCAAAGUUUAUCUUGACUGAAAAAAAGGUACUAUGUCUACCCAUUGUAUCCAAAUAUAUUUAACCACCUUAAAGUAAUGAACCCUUAUUGCAGUCUAGUUAGUAUUUGUAUUUGUUUUAGUCUGAGAUUGUCAUAAGCCCCUCUUUGUGGAGAAGGCUGGCUUACUCACUUUUUUGUUUUUUCUGAUUGAUUGGUC